AUGGGCUGCUCUGGGGCCAAGCAACCUCAAGGUCAGCCGGGCCUGAAUGUGCAGGACGCGCAGUCUGUGAGAAGCACUAUUGAGGCCAAGAUCGUCCUCUUGGGCGACUCUGGCGUCGGCAAGUCUUCACUGGCUUUGCGCUUCUGCCAGGGGCGGUUCAAUCCUUACCAUGAGGUCACCAUUGGUGCUGCCUUCUUGCAGCAGAUUGUGCGAUUGCGAGAUGGCGGCCAGCUGAAGCUUCACGUGUGGGACACAGGUGGACAGGAACGCUUUCGAGCUAUGACACACUUGUACUACCGCGAUGCGGCGGGUGCUGUCAUAGUCUACGACUGUACUGAUGCCCAUUCGCAGGCUUCUGUGGACUAUUGGGUCCAAGAGUUGCAGAACAAGGGGCCAGCGCGAUGUUGCAUGGCUGUUGCAGCCAAUAAGAGCGAUGUCGAGUCAAAAGCCGUGGAUCCGAAGCAGAUGAAGGCCAUGUGCGAGGAGAAGGGUUUGCUGUUUGUUGGGGACCUGAGAGUGUUUAUUGCCUGGUAA